AAGAAGAAGAAGAAGCAGGUCGUCUUGGACGAGGUGGAAGACGCACCACAGGCACCAGUAGAGCCUAUAUCUGCUCCGGCGAAAGCUGAAGAGUCUGCACCUGCCGUGGAAGAGGAGGCUAUCCCUGAGGCCACUGGAUCGGGAGCAGCGACCCCGGCAGAGGAUGCUUCGGGUGCACCGGCAGUGGACGAUGGGGAUCUGUUCGCGGAUAUGAAGAAGAAGAAGAAAAAGAAGAAGGAGAUCCCGCUGGACUUGGUGAGUGAUUCUGCCGCUGUCCCUGAUGGUCUCGACGUCCCGAUCAAGAAGAAAAAAUCUAGGAAACCAGCAGAGGAUUUCGCCAAAGAGUUGGAUGAGCUGGAAGCUGAGAAUGAGGAUGGAGCCGCCGGUGGAGAGGACGGAGAUCUAGGGGACGAUGUGUUUGAAAAGGCGAAUGGGGAUGGAGAGGCGGGUAAAGAAGCAUGGGUGCUGGAAGGUCGUGAUCCAACUUAUCCAGAGCUGCUCAACCGCUUCUUCUCUCUCCUCCACGCCCAUAACCCUGAACUCGCUGGAGAGAAGCGAAAAUACACCAUUGUUCCUCCUCAAGUCGCUCGAGAAGGAACAAAGAAGACCGUCUUCUCCAACUUGACGGAUAUUUGUCGAAGAAUGCACAGACAGCCAGAACAUGUCAUUCAGUUCCUGUACUCUGAACUGGGUACUCAGGGAUCCAUCGACGGGGCUCAGAGAUUAGUUAUGAAGGGAAGGUAUACGCAGAAACAGAUUGAAAAUGUGUUGAGAAAGUAUAUUGUCGAAUACGUCACAUGCAAGAUCUGCAAGUCUGCCGACACACUUCUAGGCAAGGAGAACAGACUGUACUUUAUGACAUGUGAAACGUGCGGAUCGAGACGUUCCGUAUCAGCCAUCAAGGCAGGUUAUCAAGCUCAAGGCAAGCGUAUCAAG